AUGAAGUUUGUUUCAUCUUCUGAGACAGAACCAGCCAGCACGGCAACUAUUUCUGAGGAGGCAAAGUCAGGUCGGGGUAUAAGCACAAUGCCCCGUGUUGUGAAGAGAAAAUUUCAGAAAAUCAAGCCUAUUGUUGAGUACAAUUCCAAGGGGAAACCAUAUGGCUGUGCACAUAGUGAGAUGCAGUCCUACAUUGGUGUGUUGGCACGCUCCAGAGUCCCACUUGUGGACAAUAAAUGGGUUCAAAUAUCCAAGGAUAUAAAAGAGCAGAUUUGGGAAGCCGUUGACAUGGCUUUUGUGGUUGGUCAAGGGGGCAAGAAAAUGGUGUUAUCUUCUGCUGCCAAAAAAUGGAAGGAUUUCAAGUCUACACUAACGAGGGUUCAUAUCCUUCCAUUCAUCAAGGAGAAGGAGAAAUUAAGGCAACCCCCUGAAACAUACAAAUUCAUAGAGAAAGCUUACUGGGAUUCCUUUGUAGCUUCAAGGUUAUCUGAAAAAUUUGAGGCUGUGCAUGAAGAACAAUCACAGAGGAGGGAGAAACUUGAGUACAAUGAUCGAUUGUCUCGAAAAGGAUAUGUUGGUUUUAAGGAGGACUUGAAGGAAAUCAUGCCUGGGGUAGAUAUUGAUCGAUCUACCUUAUGGAAAAAAGCAAGAGAAGACAAACAUGGUAACAUCCCGGAUCCAAAGGCUGCAGAGAAAGCAAAAUUAAUUGAUGAUUUGCAAAAGCAAGUCUCUGAAGGCACUCUUUCUCUGUCAGGAUCCAAUGAUGUUUUGACAUUGGCUUUGGGUCCCGAGCAUCCAGGAAGAGUUAGAGGGGUAGGGGCUGGGGUUUCCCCUAAGCAAUACUUCAAUUUACCUAGACAACAGAAGAAUAUUGAAGUACCAGAUUAUUCAAAGCUGGAGUUGCCAUCUUCUUUACAAUCCCUUUGUAGUUAUGCGGAAACAACACUAAAGCCUUAG